CUGGGCAUGGCCCGGGCAGCCGCCCCGCGCGCCCGGGCCCCGUCUCGCGCCUGAGCGCGGCCGGCGCGAGAAGACAGCGCGCGGAUUGCCCCCAAGUUACGGAGGCAGGGACCGAGUUCGAAGGAAAAGCCACUUCAGGAGCCGGGUCGCGAGAGUGCAAUCGCCUCCCGUCCGCCGGACCCCCGGACCCGGACAGGAAGGAGAAGGCCUCCGCGAUGCCUGGCUCUCCAGCCGAGGUGAAGACGCAGCCCCGGGCCACGCCCCCCAGCAUGCCGCCCCCGCCGCCUGCCGCGUCCCAGGGGGCCACACGACACCCCUCCUUCACGCCCCACACAAAUCGAGAGGACGGGCCUGCGAUGUCUCUGCCCCACGGCCGUUUUCAUGGCUGCUUAAAAUGGUCUAUGGUCUGUCUUUUGAUGAACGGCAGCAGCCCCUCGCCCACGGCCGUCAGCGGCACCCCGUCCACGCCCAGCGGCUUCAGCAAUGGCCCAGCCACCUCGUGCACCGCCUCUCUGGCCACACAGCAGCUGCCCCCGGCCUGCGGGGCGCGGCAGCUCAGCAAGCUCAAGCGCUUCCUGGCCACCCUGCAGCAGUUCGGCAGCGACAUCUCCCCGGAGAUCGGGGAGCGCGUGCGCACGCUGGUGCUGGGGCUCGUGAACUCCACCCUGACCAUCGAGGAGUUCCAUUCCAAGCUCCAGGAGGCCACCAACUUCCCGCUGCGGCCGUUCGUCAUCCCCUUCCUGAAGGCUAACCUGCCCCUGCUGCAGCGGGAGCUCCUGCACUGCGCCCGCCUGGCCAAGCAGACCCCCGCCCAGUACCUGGCCCAGCACGAGCAGCUCCUGCUGGAUGCCAACGCCUCUUCCCCCACCGACCCCUCGGAGCUCCUCCCGGAGGUCAACGAGAACGGCAAGAGGAGAACACCUGACAGGACCAAAGAGAACGGGUCAGACCGUGACCCUCUGCACCCGGACCACCUCAGCAAACGGCCGUGCACCCUGAGCCCCGCCCAGCGCUGCAGCCCCAGCAACGGGCUGCCCCAGCCCACGCCGCCUCCUCACUACCGCCUGGAGGACAUGGCCGUGGCCCACCACUUCCGGGACUCCUACCGCCACCUUGACCCCCGGGAGCUGCGAGAGCGCCAUCGGCAGCUGGCCGUGCACGGGUCCCGGCCUGAGGAAGUGAUUGACCACAGGCUCACGGAGCGCGAGUGGUCGGAGGAGUGGAAGCACCUCAACAACCUCCUGAACUGCAUCAUGGACAUGGCCGAGAAGACGCGGCGGUCGCUCACCGUGCUGCGCCGCUGCCAGGAGGCCGACCGCGAGGAGCUCAACCACUGGAUCCGGCGCUACAGUGACGCCGCCGAGGACAGCAAGAAGGGCCCCGCGCCCGCCGCCCGGCCCCUCGGCAGCUCCGUGGGCGCUGAGGGCUCUCAGCUAGAUGUCCACCGGGAGUCCGUGCCUCGGACCCUGUCCAGCUACAUGCCCGAGGAGAUCUGGAGAAAGGCUGAGGAAGCGGUGAACGAGGUGAAGCGGCAGGCCAUGUCAGAGCUGCAGAAAGCCGUGUCUGACGCUGAGCGCAAGGCCCACGAGCUCAUCAGCAUGGAGCGAGCCAAGAUGGAGCGGGCCCUGGCCGAGGCGCGGCGGCAGGCCUCCGAGGACGCCCUCACCGUGGUCAACCAGCAGGAGGACUCCAGCGAGAGCUGCUGGAACUGCGGGCGCAAGGCCAGCGAGACGUGCAGCGGCUGCAACGCGGCCCGCUACUGCGGCUCCUUCUGCCAGCACAAGGACUGGGAGAAGCACCACCACGUGUGCGGCCAGAGCCUGCAGGGCCCCUCGGCCGCAGUGGUUGAGCCAGUGCCCGGACAGUCCGAUGCCACCCCAGGCCUGGGCCCCUGCCUGCCCCCGGCCGCCGCCAGCCCCAGCGAGGCGGGCUCCACGGGGCCCUCCCGCCCCGGCUCCCCCGGCCCGCCCGGCCCGCUGGAUGCUGCGCCCCGCUGACCCGCCCGGACCCGGUGCCCAUCCACCCACCCGGCCCCGCCUGGCCCGCUAGACGCGCGCCCAGCCCUGGGAGCCGACCUGGGAGUCACUGCUGCUACUGCUUCUCUCCAAAAGAAAACACAGAACCAACAAGACUGCAUCAAUGCAACUUCCUCAGCUACCUGACGAUCACGCCUCAGCCUCUUCGUGCAUCCUCAGAAACCACCCGACGAGCUUUAGGCAGCCGGACGGACGCCGGCCAGAGGUGACCGGCUCGUCCACACCCGCCUCUCCCUCUUUCUCUCUCAUUUUUCUCUCUUUAUGACUUUCACACACUUUCUCUUCAAUGAAAAAAUCUAAUUGUU